AUGGCCGAGUGUGCGCUUCUGUCCGGCGGCUUUCUCUUAUUCUCCUCGACAGUAGCGCUUUUAUGCUUAAAGCGCAAGAAGAACCGUCAGUGGAUCUGGCGCCAGCGACUCAACCACAAGAAAUUAUCAAAAUCGUCCGACUUGGGAACGUCUUUUGGCCUGGAUAUUGGUGGCACGCUGGCCAAAAUCGUGUACUUCGAGCGUCAUGAGGUCAGUACCGAUGUGCGAAAGCGACCGCGUUCGGCCUCGCUAGACAUUGCAGCCGGCGAGAUGAAUAAAUUUUUACGUGAACACGAAUCGUUCGGUGGCACGGGCGUGCAGGAUGUACGAUUGCGAAUUCAGUCCAAGACACUCCAUGGAGUGUUUCACUUUGUGCGGUAUGAAAGCAAUAAGACGCGUGAUGCCAUUAACUUUAUUGUAAGCAACGGGAUAAAUCAAUCCCUGCGGAUAUUGCCCUGCACGGGAGGUGGAGCACACAAGUUUGGGCCCACAUUUAGUAAAAUUGCUGGUAUUGAGCUGAAAAAGUACGAUGAGAUCGACUGCACCACGUUGGGACUCCAUCUGCUCCUUACGUUACUGUCAGACGAAGUUUAUACUUUUGAAGUCGUAGAUUUAGACUCACUAGCGGCGUCGCGAGUGAUAACUAUCCAAACUGAAACUGAUCAAGAUGUUUAUCCGUAUCUGCUUGUCAGUAUCGGGUCAGGAGUGAGCGUUCUGUACGUGAAAGGGCCUGGAGAGUAUGAACGUGUGAGCGGAAGCAGUAUCGGCGGCGGUACCUAUUGGGGAUUAUGCCGUCUGAUGACCAGCUGUGAAACAUACGACGACGCUCUGGAUUUAUGCGUUCAUGGCUCGAACACACCGGUCGACAUGAGUGUGGGCGAUAUCUAUGGUGGGGCUUAUGACAAAUUCAAGCUACCCGCUGCGACUGUGGCCAGCAGUUUUGGUAAAAUGAUUUUCGAAUCUCAUGAAAAUGUGAGUGACGCCGAUUUGGCAAGAUCUCUAUUAGUGAUGAUCACGCAGAAUAUCGGCCAAAUUGCGUUUCUGAAUGCGACUUUGUACAAAACCAAGAACAUUUUUUUCGUGGGAAACUUUCUUCGGCACAACGAAAUUUCGUCGCGAACGUUAGCGUACGCUAUUAAUUUUUGGUCAAACGCGGCGAUGGAGGCUCGCUUUUGUAAGCACGAGGGCUAUCUCGGUGCAUUGGGUGCAUUUCUGCGACACGCAGAGGCAACCAACGCCCACGGCGAAGAAUUCUUAUCGGCGACACGUAGAACGAGGUGA